UCCAUCCUGGAUUGCAAUGUUCAAAGAGUCGGCUUUAUAAACAUGUUUAAUAAACCUAUGUAUCAAUUGUAAUGUAUUCAUAUAAUCGAUACUUUCAUGAAUUGUUAAAUCAGCUAAAUUAUAUACACUAGUUCUUAAUGGAACAAUAAGAACGUGUCCCGGAACCAAUGGUUUUAAAUUGACUAGUGCAUAAGUAUAUUGUGACUUGUAAAACACUUGAUUGUUCACAAUAAACUUAUAAAAGUAAAUAUUUGACAUUAUCCUAGUGUUUUGGUAUUAGCUCUUUUAAAGAGCUGGAAAAUUAAUUGUAUGUAAUUACCCCCGAAAAUGGCUCGCUCCCUCCAGCCCUCGGAAGACAUCAAAAAAAACCUCCGUACCCUGGUUAUUCACCGGUUCGCCGUAUUAGAACCCAAGGCAGGCAAGACAAGACAGGAGGCAGGAGGCAGAAGACAAAAGGCAGAACAGAGACAAGAGACAAAAGGCAGAACAGAGACAAGAGACAAGAGACAAAAGGCAGAACAGAGACAAGAGACAAGAGACAAAAGGCAGAAGGCAGAAGGCAGAAGGCAGAAGGCAGAAGGCAGAAGGCAGAAGGCAAGAAACAAAGACAUACCAAAGCCCACCACCCAAGAAAGCACAAUCAAGGCAUAAGCAACAUCAACAAGGAAAGCAUAUAUAAUGCAGGGUAUAAUUAACGUAAAUUUACUCGAUUAUGAACCCAAGUAACCUCCGGGUACUUGUA